AAUAUAAUUAUGAUCUGAUCAACAGCAUUUAUGAUUUAUCUGACCCAUUUAGGGAAAAGAAAACCAAAUUUUAUAGAAGAGAUUGAGAAACCAGUUGCUGCAGGCUGCAGGCAGCUGAGCUAGCGUUCUUCGUGGCAUCUCUAAUUAUUGUAUUUCUAAUCGCCGUAAAAGAUUCUGGGUGUAGAAAUCAGACCCCAAUAUGAUUGAAGAGGGAAAAAAAAAGGAAAAAUCUGGUUUUAAUUGAAGUGGUGAAAGAGUAGGAGUUUGAAGAAGUUUCAUAUCCCUUUUCUUUCUUGUUUUGUGGGGUCUUGUGURUUUUUAUUUUCUCUCUAUUGAUGACAGCCUCGAUAACAGCCUGGAAAGUUUAGUGUGGUAGCUGCACUAAAAAAACCUCUGCUCGAGAAGGGGCCUUUCAUGCCGGGAUUAGUGGGGAUCUCCCUCCUCCGGCUUCUUUUCUCUCCGAUUCACAUUUUCAAGMUUAUUUCUUCUUCUCCUUCUUCUUCAUGAGGUACCACUUCUCAACACCCACUUCCCCAUUUCUCUUUUUAUUUUUGUUUCUCUGAGAAGUUGGAGCUGAUUGAGGUUGUUCUGGUCUGGGUUUGUGAACUGGGCAUUGUGUGGAUUGAUUUCUGAGCUGGGUUUUGUUGGUUCAGAAUUGGGUUUCUUUUGGUUUUCUGGUUUGCAGAUCGGAAGUUAGUGUAUUGGGGUUUUAGACUUUUAGGGUCUGUUUCUUAGAAUACAGGAGAUAUUGGAUUGUUAUUGAAUUUUUUUCGUUUUUAGGAUCUGGGGUUAUUGGAAAUGGUGAAAAUGAAGUUUGUUUCCAUGUAUCUGGUUCUGCCUGUGGUUUUGUUUAUGUGUUUUGGUGGAUCUUAUGCCUCUUUCACUCCCAUUGAUAACUAUUUGAUAGCGUGUGGUUCUCCACAAAACAUCACCUUCCAAGGGAGAACUUUCGUUCCUGAUUCUGCACAUUCUUUGCUUUCUGGGAGCUCUGUUGUUGUUGGUUCAAAUGGUGCUGCUGCUCCGUCCCCAAUCUAUCAAUCUGCCCGGGUUUUCACGAGCAUUGCUUCCUACAGGUUCGAAAUCAAGCAGGAAGGUCGACAUUGGGUUCGGUUGUAUUUUUAUCCUAUUCCGAAGUUGGGGCGAAAUCUGUCGUCUGCUUCAAUUACUGUUGUCACUGAUAAGUUUGUGCUUUUGAACAACUUCACUUUCAAGAACUAUAAUGGUUCUUUUAUGUUCAAGGAGUAUGCGAUCAAUGUGACUUCUGAUUCGUUGACCCUUACUUUCAUCCCCUCGAAUGAUUCGGUUUCGUUUGUGAAUGCGAUCGAGGUUGUCUCGGUGCCUGAAGAGCUGCUCCCUGAUCAAGCAUUGGCGUUGAAUCCGUCUGCUCCUUUUAGCGGUCUCUCAGUACUUGCUCUUGAGACUGUUUACAGGCUGAACAUGGGCGGUCCUUUACUCACUUCGCAAAAUGAUACGCUUGCAAGGACUUGGGAGAAUGAUAUGAAGUAUCUCCAUGUCAACAGUWCUGCAGUGAAUGUCUCUGCCAGCCCAGCGAGCAUAAAAUAUCAUACUGGUGUUACACCAGAAACUGCACCGAAUUGGGUUUAUGCUACGGCCGAUGCCAUGGGCGACCCGAAUGUAGCGAACGUGAACUUCAAUUUGACUUGGGUAUUCUCAGUUGAGCCAAACUUUCAGUAUUUUGUUCGAGUACAUUUUUGUGAUAUAAUGAGCAAGGCCCUCAAUACCUUGGUUUUCAAUCUUUACAUAAACUCCGAUAACGCUCUGAGAAGCUUUGAUCUGUCGGCGAUAACCGGUGACUUGGGCGUGCCUUAUUAUAAAGACUUCAUUUCUAGUUCCACAGAUUCGAAUACUUUGACUGUUAGCGUUGGUCCAGAUACAAUGGCAGACAUCACUAAUGCCACCAUGAAUGGCUUGGAGAUUAUGAAGAUAAGCAAUCAAGCUGGGAGCUUGGAUGGUACUUCAUCGGUUGGAAGUCUUUUUCCAAAUGCGCCCUCGAAGAAGAACAAUAUACCAAUCAUUGUUGGUUCUGUCUUGGCAGCGGUAGUAGUGCUUGCGUURCUCGUUUUGUGUUAUUGCUGCUUCAUAGGUCGCAGGGGUAAGACUACUCAACCAGCUCACCCAUGGCUGCCUUUGCCCUUAUAUGGAAACUCUCAAACCAUGACAAAAGUGUCAACGACUUCCCAAAAGAGUGGAACUGCAAGUUUCAUUUCUUUGGCUUCCUCUAGUCUUGGCAGAUUAUUCUCAUUUCAGGAAAUCCUUGAUGCUACCAACAAAUUCGAUGAAAACCUGCUCCUUGGAGUUGGCGGUUUUGGUCGGGUUUACAAGGGGACACUUGAAGAUGGCAUGAAAGUUGCUGUUAAAAGAGGUAACCCAAGAUCAGAACAAGGCCUUGCCGAGUUUCGAACUGAAAUAGAAAUGUUGUCGAAGCUCCGACAUCGUCACCUGGUGUCUCUUAUUGGCUAUUGUGAUGAAAGAUCAGAAAUGAUUCUUGUCUAUGAAUAUAUGGCAAAUGGACCUCUCAGGAGUCAUUUGUAUGGAACCGAUCUGCCUCCAUUGUCGUGGAAGCAACGACUUGAUAUUUGCAUUGGUGCUGCGAGGGGGCUUCAUUAUCUUCACACCGGCGCAGCUCAAAGCAUAAUACACCGAGAUGUUAAGACCACAAACAUUCUCUUGGACGAAAAUUUUGUUGCCAAAGUUGCAGACUUUGGUCUUUCAAAAACUGGGCCAUCUUUGGAUCAGACUCAUGUAAGCACUGCUGUCAAGGGUAGUUUUGGUUACCUUGAUCCGGAAUACUUCAGGCGACAACAGCUUACCGAGAAGUCGGAUGUGUACUCAUUCGGUGUCGUGCUAAUGGAAGUUCUUUGCACAAGGCCAGCGCUAAACCCGGUUCUUCCCAGAGAACAAGUCAAUAUAGCAGAAUGGGCAAUGACUUGGCAAAAGAAGGGCUUGCUAGACCAUAUCAUGGACCCAAAUCUGGUAGGGAAAGUUAAUCCAGCAUCGCUUAAGAAGUUCGGGGAAACAGCUGAGAAAUGCCUUGCUGAGUAUGGCGUUGACAGGCCAUCGAUGGGAGAUGUCCUGUGGAACCUUGAAUACGCUCUUCAGCUCGAGGAAACAUCAACCGCUCUCAUGGAGCCAGAAGACAACAGCACAAACCACAUUCCUACCAUCCAACUGACCCCACUUGAGCCGUUUGAUAACAGCGUAAGCAUGAUCGAUGGAGGGAACUCGAACUCUGGCACCGAUGAUGAUGCAGAAGAUGCUGCAACAAGUGCGGUAUUUUCGCAGCUCGUAAAUCCCCGUGGGAGAUGAGAAAGAAACAUUCUUCAGCUAGUGAGAUUUAUCCUGGAUGACCUGCAAAGGCACUGGGCGUCCUUGCAUUGAGUGAGUCUAAAUAUAUUUACAGUGGACAAAAUGAAGAAAAUAUAUUGUUCUAUGAUUUUCUUUCUCUUCAAUUAAAUUCCAUCUGCUCGAUUCAUUCAGAUUGUAAUAUCGUUUGGUGGCAUCCGCCGAUCAUUUCAAGAUUAAUUGGUACAGUAAACAGUCUACUCUUUAUUUUCACAUUCAGGGUUGUUUUUACACAUUUACUCAGACAAUGGAUUGUAUUAGCUGUAUAAUGUUUUUGUUCUGGAUAAAAGGUAUAGUGAAUAAAGCACAGGUUCUGACUUCAUGUUUGCAAA